AUGACAAGAUCAAUAGGGACCAAGGCGUUACGCAUUGCACCGAAUCAGCUCCAUAUCUCAGAUCCCAGCCUGUACAAGGCGAUCUACAGUCAAACCAAUCCUUUCCCAAAGGAAAAUGCUUUCUAUGAAACCUUCGAGUCUCCUCACACGACUUUCAGCGAGGUUGAUCCUCUGUUGCACAAACAGAGGCGCAAGAUGCUUAAUCCUCUCUUCUCCAAGUCAGGAGUCAAUAAGAUGGAGCCGCUCAUUUUGGAGAAAAUGAAAGAGACCAUAUCAAAGAUCGAACAGAUUUCGGACGCUGGCCCAAUCGAUAUCUCCACUGCCUUCAGAUGCAUGACAGGUGACAUCAUCUCUGAAUUUUCAUUCGGAUCAUCCAUGAAUCUGAUCCACGAGCAUCCAAAUGCCUUUGAAUCGAAGUAUCUCAAAGCCUUGACCCUGUCCUCGGCACUGCCUUAUGUGAGGUACUACAGCGUCACGCAAAGGAUCGUGGCGAAAUUAAUCCCUCUUUCCAUCGCUGCCAAUUUCCACCCGGUGCUGAGACAUACCAAGAACAUGGUUGAUAUGAUACUGGGAUCGUACGAUGACUACGCUAGCAAGAAAACCGAGAAAACCGCGUCCAGCCUCCCCGUCAUUUUUGACUUCCUCCAAUCAUUACCUGCUGAGCAGCAGAAGGCUGAGGCUAUCAACACGUUCAUUGCUGGCUCUGACACGACCGCCUUUACGCUUACCACAGCGGUAUACUACAUUUUAAGCCUUCCUGACGUUGAGAGAACAUUAGUAGAAGCCUUGGACGAAGUGUUUGGAAAUGCUCAAACCACCCCAUCGCUGGUUCAACUCGAGCAAAUCAAAUACUUGCGCGCCUGUAUCACCGAAGCUCUACGAGUCGGAAUGGCAGCACCUGGCUUGCUCCCUCGUAUCGUACCUAAACGACCCCAGCCGUUCAUUGUAGACGGCAAAGUGGUACCUCCAGGUGUAGGUCUAUUUUCCUCGGAUGCUUCUACAAAGCCCCUCAUUAUUAACACGGGGUAG